AUGCUUCUUUUAUACAACCAUGUCAAGGCCUACUCUGUGCAGCAUUCUAUCACUGAGCUUUUAGAUUCAGAUAAUGAGUCUAAGAACUUAGAAGACAGUGAAGAUGAGGGGUCUGAUACUAAGUGGGAAGAUGAUGGUGACAUGAUUACCUCUACUAAAGGUUCUAUCAAGGGGAAGGACAAAGAUAUGGCUUCUGGGUUCGGAAAAAAGAAAGCUGGAAAAGGGGUUAAAAGAAAAAGGAGUAAGGUUCAAGAGGAGGAAAACUGGCUUGAAGAUGAUGAACAAGAUGAUGAGGGGAUGGAGACUGAUAAUGAUUAUGUUACCCCACCGCCUAAGAAGAAAAAUAAGAAAAGCCCUGUCAUCACUGAUAUUAGGCCAAAUAAAGGGAAUAAUUUUCUAAAUGUCCAACCCAAUCCUCUAGACCCUAAUAAAAGGACAAAUGAUGUUGAAGAAGAUGAGAAGAUGGUGAAGGAAGGUGAUACUCUAUCUCCCAAUGAUAAAACUACUAGUGCUAACAUGGAGACCCUGGAUAAUACUGCUCUUGAGAUCAAUAUUGAUAGAAAAAACUCUCCUUUAACCAUGCUAAAUACUAUGAAGAGUGAGAUGAUGGACCUAUGCAAGGUUAUUGAUUGGGUCUAUUCAGAGAUGGAUAGUUUUAAGAAAAAGCAAGAGGAUUCAUCCAAGAAAGUGGAUACCUUAGAAUUUGUUGGAACAGGUAAGCUCAGUACUCUGCCUAACUACCUAAAUGAAUUGACAAAAGCCAUUGGCGAUGCGGAGGCUAUCACUUAUGCAUAUGGCUCUCAAUUUAAGGUUGUGGAGGCUAGACUCAAUGAUCUAGUGAAGCAGGUUCUCAAUCAUGAGAACACCCUAAAGAAAAUUGGAGAACAAAGCCAAAUUUUUUUGAAAGCCUCUGCCGACAACUUCAGUGUGAUGAUCAGCAAACUGGAAUAG